AUGUGGGCCCCCAGCCAACGGCAGCUCUGUGUGGCUUUCCUGCUAGUGUGUGUCCUUUCAGCCACCUUGUUCCUCUACGUCCACCAAGACCUCUUUCCCAACGGCCUGGCCCUGACGGCCCUGUGUCCAGGCCGCCGCCCGGUGCCAUCCCCCGUGGCCAUCCUCUGCCUGUCCCCCAACACCUCCGCCUGCCUCAAGCCCCCCGCCUCCCUCUCGGGAACCUGGACCAUCCACCCAGACGGCCGGUUCGGUAACCAGAUGGGGCAGUAUGCCACGCUCCUGGCCCUGGCCCAGCUCAACAGUCGCCGGGCCUUCAUCCUGCCCGCCAUGCACGCCGCCCUGGCCCCCGUGUUCCGCAUCACCCUGCCGGUGCUGGCGCCCGAGGUGGACAGCCGCACGCCCUGGCGGGAGCUGGAGCUCCACGACUGGAUGUCCCGGGAGUACGCCCGCCUGAGGGACCCCUUGCUGAAGCUCACCGGCUUUCCCUGCUCCUGGACCUUCUUCCACCACCUCCGGGAGCAGAUCCGCAGGGAAUUCACGCUGCACGACCACCUUCGGCGAGAGGCCCAGGGUCUGCUGAGCCGGCUCCGCCUGGGCCCCACCGGGGACCGCCCUCGAACCUUCGUGGGCGUCCACGUGCGCCGCGGGGACUACCUGCGGGUCAUGCCCCACCGCUGGAAGGGGGUGGUAGGCGACCGCGCUUACCUCCGGCAGGCUAUGGACUGGUUCCGGGCACGGCACGAAGACCCCGUCUUUGUGGUCACCAGCAACGGCAUGGAGUGGUGCCGGGAAAACAUGGACACGUCCCGUGGGGAUGUGAUCUUUGCCGGCGACGGGCAGGAGGGCUCGCCGGGGAGGGACUUCGCGCUGCUCACGCAGUGCAACCACACCAUCAUGACCAUUGGCACUUUUGGCUUCUGGGCCGCCUACCUGACCGGUGGGGACACCGUCUACCUGGCCAACUUCACCCUGCCCGACUCCAACUUCCUGAAGAUCUUUAAGCCCGAGGCUGCCUUCUUGCCCGAGUGGGUGGGCAUUAACGCAGACUUGUCUCCCCUCCGCUCGUUGGCUGGGCCUUGA